GGCGCUCAGAGGUCGGCUCACUGCGCCUGAACCCGUGAAGCGGCGACUGGGCUGGACCCAGGCCGGCGGGGCCGGGCGGGAGGCGCAGACUCAUGAAAUGGCCACAGAUGAUAAGACUUCCCCAACAUUGGACUCUGCUAAUGAUUUGCCUCGAUCUCCUACUAGUCCUUCUCAUCUCACACACUUUAAGCCUUUGACUCCUGAUCAGGACGAACCUCCUUUUAAAUCAGCCUAUAGUUCUUUUGUAAAUCUCUUUCGAUUUAACAAAGAGAGAGCAGAAGGUGGCCAGGGAGAACAGCAGUCUGUGAGUGGAAGUUGGACCAGCCCGCAGCUCCCUUCCCGGACGCAAUCUGUGAGGUCGCCUACACCUUACAAAAAACAGCUUAAUGAGGAACUCCAGCGGCGAACUUCAGCAGUAUUAGACACAAGAAGGAAAGCAGAACCUACUUUUGGAAGUCAUGACCCUCGUACAGCUGUUCAGCUUCGAAGCCUCAGCACAGUAUUAAAACGUCUCAAGGAAAUCAUGGAGGGGAAAAGCCAGGAUAGUGACCUGAAGCAAUAUUGGAUGCCAGAUAGUCAGUGCAAAGAGUGCUAUGACUGUAGUGAGAAAUUUACCACCUUUAGGCGCAGACACCAUUGUCGGCUGUGUGGGCAGAUUUUCUGCAGUCGUUGCUGUAAUCAAGAAAUCCCUGGGAAGUUUAUGGGCUAUACAGGUAAAUGCAUUUUAUUGACAGUUUUGCAAAAAAUAGCCUUAAGUUACGCGCAUUCUACAGACAGUAAUUCCAUCGGGGAAGACUUGAAUGCUCUUUCAGAUUCUGCUUCCUCUGUAUCUGUACUUGAUCCAAGUGAACCCCGAACACCUGUGGGGAGCAGAAAAGCCAGCCGCAACAUUUUUUUAGAGGAUGAUUUUGCCUGGCAAAGUUUGAUUCACCCAGACUCCUCAAAUACUGCUCUUUCAACAAGACUUGUAUCUGUUCAAGAGGAUGCUGGAAAAUCUCCUGCUCGGAAUAGAUCAGCCAGCAUUACUAACCUGUCCCUGGAUCGAUCUGCUUCUCCCAUGGUUCCUUCCUAUGAGACAUCUGUCAGCCCCCAAGCUAACCGAACAUACGUUAGGACAGAGACUACUGAGGAUGAACGCAAAAUUCUUCUGGACAGUGUUCAGUUAAAGGACCUAUGGAAAAAAAUCUGCCAUCACAGUAGUGGAAUGGAGUUUCAGGAUCACCGCUACUGGUUAAGAACGCAUCCCAACUGUAUUGUGGGAAAGGAAUUGGUCAACUGGUUAAUCCGAAAUGGACACAUUGCUACAAGGGCUCAAGCUAUAGCAAUUGGCCAAGCAAUGGUUGAUGGGCGUUGGCUGGACUGUGUCAGUCAUCACGACCAACUCUUCAGGGAUGAGUAUGCACUGUACAGGCCACUGCAGAGCACAGAAUUUUCUGAGACUCCUUCUCCGGACAGUGACUCAGUGAACUCUGUGGAGGGACACUCUGAGCCAUCUUGGUUUAAAGACAUAAAGUUUGAUGACAGCGACACAGAACAGAUAGCUGAAGAAGGUGACGAUAAUUUGACUAAUUCUGCCAGUCCUAGCAAGCGCACGUCAGUCAGCAGUUUCCAGUCCACAGUGGACAGUGACUCAGCUGCUUCUAUCAGCCUGAACGUGGAGCUGGACAACGUGAACUUCCAUAUCAAGAAGCCCUCCAAGUACCCACAUGUGCCCCCUCACCCUGCCGACCAAAAAGAGUACUUGAUGUCUGACAGUGGAGGACAGCAACUCUCAAUAAGUGAUGCCUUCAUCAAAGAGUCCUUAUUUAAUCGUCGAGUAGAGGAAAAAUCCAAAGAGCUGCCUUUCACACCUUUGGGCUGGCAUCACAACAACCUGGAGCUGCUGAGGGAGGAGAAUGGAGAGAAACAAGCCAUGGAGAGGUUGCUUUCAGCGAAUCAUAAUCACAUGAUGGCACUGCUCCAACAGUUGCUCCAUAGUGAGUCAUUGUCACCAUCUUGGAGGGACAUCAUUGUGUCACUAGUCUGCCAGGUUGUUCAGACAGUCCGACCUGAUGUCAAGAACCGGGAUGAUGACAUGGAUAUCCGUCAAUUUGUCCACAUCAAAAAAAUCCCAGGUGGAAAGAAGUUUGACUCUGUGGUUGUCAAUGGAUUUGUUUGUACCAAGAAUAUUGCACAUAAAAAGAUGAAUUCUUGUAUUAAAAAUCCUAAAAUCCUUCUGUUGAAGUGUUCCAUUGAGUAUCUCUACAGAGAAGAGACUAAAUUUACUUGCAUUGACCCCAUUGUGCUUCAGGAAAGGGAAUUCUUAAAGAAUUAUGUUCAGCGAAUAGUUGAUGUCCGACCAACACUGGUUUUAGUUGAGAAAACAGUAUCUCGGAUUGCCCAGGAUAUGCUGCUGGAACAUGGCAUCACAUUGGUCAUUAAUGUCAAAUCACAAGUUUUAGACCGAAUCAGUCGAAUGACUCAAGGUGACUUAGUAAUGUCAAUGGACCAGCUGCUUACAAAACCACACCUAGGCACCUGUCAUAAAUUCUAUAUGCAGAUGUUUCAGUUGCCUAAUGAACAAGUUAAAACACUGAUGUUUUUUGAAGGCUGUCCACAGCACCUUGGCUGUACAAUUAAGCUUAGAGGAGGUUCUGAUUAUGAGUUGGCUCGAGUUAAGGAGAUCCUGAUAUUUAUGACCUGUGUAGCAUAUCAUUCGCAACUAGAAAUCUCUUUCCUCAUGGAUGAAUUUGCUAUGCCUCCUACAUUAGCACAGAACCCUUCCUUCCAUUCUCUGAUUGAGGGGCGUGAGGAGGAAGAGCCUGCACAAGAGCAGUUCAGUGGAAGUCCCCUCCCCCUGGAGCCUGACUUCCCUCCAGAAUUUCCACCUUCUGAUGAUAGCAGUUUGCUGGAAUCAAGGAUUGUGCUGGAGAAGGGUGACCAAGACAAUAAAAGCGUUGCUCAGGAGUCUGCCUCUUUGAAACACCAGGAGUGUGCCCCAACAGCUUGCACGGUCGGGGUCCCCUGUGCUCUCUUUCCUUCAGUUCCUGCUUCGUUGUUGCCCCUCCCUGUGGAUGACCAGCAGGAUGUCCUAGGUGGUGAGCAGCCAGAGACUUCGCAGCAAGCAGAUGAGCUCCAGGAUCCCAAGGGCCAGAUGAGAGCCUUCAGAGACCCGUUACAGGAUGACACUGGGCUAUAUAUUACUGAGGAAGUUACUUCUGAAGAUAAACGAAAGACUUAUUCUUUGACCUUUAAACAGGAAUUAAAAGAUGUGAUCCUCUGUAUUUCCCCAGUAAUCACAUUCCGGGAACCCUUCCUUUUAACUGAAAAAGGGAUGAGAUGCCCUACCCGAGAUUAUUUUGCAGAACAGGUUUACUGGUCUCCUCUACUCAAUAAAGAGUUCAAGGAAAUGGAGGGCAGAAGGAAGAAACAGCUGCUCAGGGAUCUCCCUGGCCUACAGGGCAUGAACGGGAGUAUUCAGGCCAAAUCUAUUCAAGUUUUGCCCUCACAUGAGCUAGUGAACACAAGAAUCGCUGAACAUCUGGGUGAGAGCCAGAGCUUGGGUAGAAUGCUGGCUGAUUAUAGGGCUAGAGGAGGAAGAAUUCAGCAGAGAAAUUCAGACCCAUUUGCCCAUUCAAAGGAUGCAUCUGGUACCUCAAGUGGCAAGUCAGGAAGCAAAAUGGAGGGCGAUGAAGAAAAAGGGUUGAUUCCUAAUGAUGCAGUUUGGUCGACAAAGGUGGAUUGUUUGAACCCUGUUAACCACCAGAGACUGUGUGUGCUCUUCAGCAGCUCUUCUGCCCAGUCCAGCAAUGCUCCUAGUGCCUGUGUUAGCCCUUGGAUUGUAACAAUGGAAUUUUAUGGGAAGAAUGAUCUUACAUUAGGAAUCUUUUUAGAGAGAUACUGUUUCAGACCUUCUUAUCAGUGCCCUAGCAUGUUCUGUGAUACCCCCAUGGUACAUCACAUUCGGCGCUUUGUCCAUGGCCAAGGCUGUGUGCAGAUAAUCCUGAAGGAGCUGGAUUCUCCAGUACCUGGGUAUCAGCAUACAAUUCUCAAUUACUCAUGGUGCAGAAUCUGCAAGCAGGUAACACCAGUUGUUGCUCUUUCCAAUGAGUCCUGGUCCAUGUCAUUUGCAAAAUACCUUGAACUUAGGUUUUAUGGGCACCAAUACACACGUCGCGCCAACGCUGAGCCAUGUGGUCACUCCAUCCAUCAUGACUAUCACCAGUAUUUCUCCUAUAACCAGAUGGUGGCAUCCUUCAGUUAUUCUCCCAUUCGGCUUCUUGAAGUAUGUGUUCCACUUCCCAAAAUAUUCAUUAAACGUCAGGCCCCAUUAAAAGUGUCCCUUCUUCAGGAUCUUAAAGACUUCUUUCAAAAAGUUUCACAGGUAUAUCUUGCUGUUGAUGAGAGACUUGCAUCUUUAAAAACUGAUACAUUUAGCAAAACAAGAGAAGAAAAAAUGGAAGAUAUCUUUGCUCAAAAAGAGAUGGAAGAAGGAGAGUUCAAGAACUGGAUUGAGAAGAUGCAGGCAAGGCUAAUGUCUUCCUCUGUAGAUACCCCUCAGCAGCUACAGUCAAUCUUUGAGUCCCUUAUUGCCAAGAAACAAAGUCUUUGUGAAGUGCUGCAAGCCUGGAAUAACAGGUUGCAGGACCUUUUCCAGCAGGAAAAAGGUAGAAAGCGACUGUCAGUUCCUCCAAGUCCUGGAAGACUGAGACAAGGGGAAGAAAGCAAGAACAUUUGUCUAAUGAAGAGAAGACCACAAAUACAUAGUGGUGGUGGAGUGGGGGAAGAGGACCGCUUCUUAACCACCCUAUCCAGCCAGAGCUCCAGCAGCUCCACCCAUCUCCAGCUGCCCACUCCACCUGAAGUCAUGCCUGAGCAGUCAGCAGGGGUGCCUCCCGAGCUCGAUACAGCCAGCAGUUCGGAAGAUGUGUUUGAUGGACAUUUGUUGGGAUCCACAGACAGUCAGGUGAAGGAAAAAUCAACUAUGAAAGCCAUCUUUGCAAAUUUGCUUCCAGGAAAUAGCUAUAACCCUAUACCAUUUCCUUUUGAUCCAGAUAAACACUACUUAAUGUACGAACAUGAACGGGUCCCCAUUGCUGUCUGUGAGAAGGAACCCAGCUCCAUCAUUGCCUUUGCUCUCAGUUGUAAAGAAUACCGAAAUGCCUUAGAGGAAUUGUCCAAAGCGACUCUGCGGAACAGUGCUGAAGAAGGGCUUCCAACAAAUAGUGCUUUAGACAGCAGACCAAAGAGUAACAGCCCUAUUAGAAUACCUGACAUUGGUGGAGGACAGACAAACCGUGCAGCAGAAGCAGAACCACAACCACAACCAACCAAAAAGGCUUCUGGAAUGUUGUCCUUCUUCCGGGGGACAGCAGGGAAAAGCCCCGAUCUCUCUUCCCAGAAAAGAGAGACCUUACGUGGAGCAGAUAGUGCUUACUACCAGGUUGGGCAGACGGGCAAGGAGGGGACGGAGAAUCAAGGCAUUGAGCCUCAAGAUGAGGUAGAUGGAGGAGAUACACAAAAGAAACAGCUCACAAAUCCUCAUGUGGAACUUCAAUUUUCUGAUGCUAACGCCAAGUUUUACUGUCGACUCUACUAUGCGGGAGAGUUUCAUAAGAUGCGUGAGGUGAUUCUGGGCAGCAGUGAGGAAGAUUUUAUUCGUUCCCUUUCCCACUCGUCUCCUUGGCAGGCCCGAGGAGGUAAAUCAGGAGCAGCUUUCUAUGCCACUGAAGAUGAUAGAUUCAUUUUGAAGCAAAUGCCUCGUCUGGAAGUCCAGUCUUUCCUUGACUUUGCACCACACUACUUCAAUUAUAUUACAAAUGCUGUUCAACAAAAGAGGCCAACUGCAUUGGCAAAAAUCCUUGGAGUUUACCGAAUUGGUUAUAAAAACUCUCAAAACAACACUGAGAAGAAGUUAGAUCUCCUUGUUAUGGAAAAUCUUUUCUAUGGGAGAAAGAUGGCACAGGUUUUUGAUUUGAAGGGUUCACUUAGGAAUCGAAAUGUAAAAACUGAUACUGGAAAAGAGAGUUGUGAUGUAGUCCUGCUGGAUGAAAAUCUCUUAAAGAUGGUCCGAGAUAACCCUCUGUAUAUCCGUUCUCAUUCCAAAGCUGUGCUGAAAGCCUCAAUCCGCAGCGACUCCCAUUUCCUUGCCAGUCACCUCAUUAUAGAUUAUUCCUUGCUGGUUGGGCGAGAUGAUACCAAUAAUGAACUGGUAGUUGGAAUUAUAGAUUAUAUUCGAACAUUUACAUGGGACAAAAAGCUUGAGAUGGUUGUGAAAUCAACAGGGAUUUUAGGAGGACAAGGUAAAAUGCCAACUGUGGUCUCUCCAGAACUGUACAGGACUAGAUUUUGUGAAGCCAUGGACAAGUAUUUCCUGAUGGUACCAGACCACUGGACAGGUUUGGGUCUGAAUUGUUGAAGUGAAUGAAGCACAUAUUUUGAAAUGGACCAUGAAGGAAAAGGGUUGGAACAAAGGACCAAAAAUAAGCUACAUGUUUUAUCUCUUUAUUGCAUUUACCACUUUAUGCAAAGGCCUUUCAGUUCUGCAGCUAAAACUGUGAAUUUGCACUUCCAUUUUUGCUAUACCUGCGAACUAGCUAGCCAUAGGCUGGGAAGCUGCACUUAAAUUGAAAUAUGGAUUCAUUGCAAAGAGACAGUGACAAUUGUAUGGUUAGAAUGAGGAGAUAGGGUGAAAAUGGGCAAUCAUAUUUGUUAACAAUCCAGUUAAGAAAACAAUGUCUCAUAGUUUACGGUUCUUCUGGCAUCACAUCUGGCACAUUCAUUACUUACCAACUAUUUGUACCACUGGUGAAUUUGUUUUGUGUUUCUUACAUAACAAUUUAGUAUUGCUUAUGUAGAAUUAAAACAAUUCUGAAUUAUUGUUAAUAGCCUGUUAAACAGAUCGACAUAAUCUGUUCUCAUUUUAUUGAGAAAUUUGACUAAAGUUGAGAAUCCUGUCAUGUCCCGUAAUUUUCCCUGUCUUUAGUGUGUUUGAUAUUUUUCAAGUUCUGUCUUUGCUUCUCGAGAUGAUGGGAAGCUAUAUCCAUUAACUUAAGCCUUUUUCUUGAGCUCUUUUUUCAAUUUGUUUACAUUGUUUGUGCAAUUAAUGUUAAGCUGCACUUACCUCCACAUGUUUAAAUUCUAGGUUUUUCCCUCACUUUUAGGGGGGAACUUUAGUAAAUGAGUCCAGAGUAACUAAAUGGAAAAUUAUUAAUGGAGGACUUUUUUAAUGUAAAAAUAAACUAGAUCCCAUCACAGCAAUUAGAUGGAUGGGGAAUACUUACUUUUCUGUAGACAUAAAAUAACUUCUUAAAUAUACACAGCAAUUUAGGUGACAUCUGUGAAAUUAAGAUGUUUCCAGUGUAGCCUUUCCUGUUUUCUAACUUCUCUGUACCAGGUUCUAGGCCAGUUCUGAAUACUGAGAAGUGUUAAGAGAUGAGAUAGGAGCAUCUUGUUUAAUAGAGUUUUCAUUUAUUUAAAAAAUAACCAGAAGUACUAAACAGUUCUUUGAUAAAAGAAGAUAACCCCAAAUAUUUCCUCUUGGCUUCUUUCUAUAACAAGGUGGUUUGGCGAUUUACAAAGUCUGAAGUGAUCCACUCUUUUUAGCCUUCCUGUAAUAGCACAUUUCUAUUGUUACUUUCACACAAUAAGAAAAAGAAAUCUGGGUACACUCGGGUUAGAGACUCUUUAAGUAUGUGAAGUGGGAACAUUUUGGAAAGCCUGCUUUAGGGAAUGAAAGCAUUAGUUUAGUAUUGGUGUUGAUUAGAACCAUGGCUUAAGUUAUCUGAUGAUAAGUAUCUCCCACACCACCUACCCCCUGCUUUUUUAAGAAAACAUGUGGUGUGCCUUUUGAAAAUAUACAAGACACCGGUGAUUUUAGUUUUCAUAUGGAAGUAAAGGAGCUGCACUGAAGUGGAAGGUAGUUGAAACGUUAGUAACUUUUCAGUGUGUCCACGAAUAAUGGGUUUUACCACUCAACUUGAAGGCAAACAUCAUUGUGCCUGUUCAUUAUUUCUAUCAACAUAGGUAGGGUUAUUUACCUGUCUGUUUCCUGCAAUCCUAGUCAUUCAACUUCCAGUCGGAGAAUUUCUUCCUGGGAUUGUAAUUAGGCUUUCUUUUAGCCUCAAUCAACAUCAGGUAUAUACUGUGAAUGUUUCAUUAGAGUAGCCCCUGACAAGAAGGUGUCAUGAUAAUCUUGUUCUCCUUGCCCAUGACUUGAAGUAAUUAUUUUUGCCUCUUACGGAAUAUUGUGAUUAAAAAAUUCCAGUAUGGCCCUCCCUGGUGGCGCAGCGGGUUAAAGCACUGCACUGAAAAGC